GCUGAAGACGUGCUCCCUUCAUUCUAAACAUGUCUCGGAAAAGUAUGGACUAUGGGGACCUUCCAGAAUACGAAAAGAGCCAGAUCAAAAGGACCCUGGAGUUGGGCACUGUCAUGACAGUCUAUAACCUCAAAAAGAGUAAUCCAGAGAGGAGAACAAUUCAGGUCAUCAUGGAAACAAGGCAGGUAGCGUGGAGUAAGACAGCUGACAGGAUUGAAGGAUUCCUGGAUUUGAUGGAAAUAAAGGAAAUCCGUCUAGGGAAAAAUUCAAAGGAUUUUGAGCGUGGGAAAGCAGCACGACAAAAGGAUGAGCACUGUUUCACUAUUUUCUAUGGUACUCAGUUUGUUCUCAACACCUUAAGUUUAGCAGCUGACACAAAGGAUGAUGCUGACAAAUGGCUGUGUGGUUUAAAUAUUUUGCGUCAAGAAGCUAUGAAUGCUGCCACUCCAGCAAUUACAGAGAGCUGGCUGAGAAAGCUGAUUUACUCUGUGGAUCAGUCCAGAAGGAACAGCAUCAGCCUUAGAGAACUAAAGACGGUGCUUCCAUCAGUGAACUUUAAAGUGAGCAGUGUAAAGUUCCUGAAAGAUAAGUUUGCAGAAAUAAACGCUGUUAAAGAAGAGCUUAGCUUUGAGCAAUUUCAUCUGUUCUACAAGAAAAUUAUGUUUGAGCAACAGAAAUUGAUUCUCGAUGAAUUCAAGAAGGAUUCCACUGUGUUUUUUUUAGGAAACACAGACCGUCCAGAUGCUUCAGCGGUGCAUUUGCAUGACUUUCAGAGAUUUUUGAUACAUGAACAACAGGAAUCUUGGGCACAGGAUCUUAAUAAAGUAAGAGAAUGGAUGUCUAAAUUUAUUGAUGACACUAUGAGAGAAACUGAUGAACCAUUUCUCUAUGUUGAUGAGUUCCUUACUUACCUUUUUUCAAAAGAAAACAGUAUCUGGGAUGACAAAUAUGAUUCAGUUGACCCUCAGGACAUGAAUAACCCUUUGUCCCAUUACUGGAUUUCUUCUUCACAUAAUACAUACCUCACAGGAGACCAGCUUCGUAGUGAAUCUUCUGCAGAAGCUUAUAUUAGAUGCCUUCGAAUGGGAUGCCGUUGCAUUGAGUUGGAUUGCUGGGAUGGUCCUGAUGGGAAGCCCAUCAUUUAUCAUGGAUGGACACGGACAACAAAAAUUAAAUUUGAUGAUGUUGUGCAGGCAAUCAAGGAACAUGCGUUUGUUACAUCUGAGUACCCCGUGAUUUUGUCAAUUGAGGAGCACUGCAGUGUGGAGCAGCAGCGAUAUAUUGCCAAAGUGUUCAGAGAGGUCUUUGGGGAUCAGCUUCUAAUGAAGCCCAUCGAAGCUAGUGCUGAUCAGCUGCCAUCACCAACUCAGCUGAAAGAAAAGUUCAUCAUCAAGCAUAAAAAGUUGGGCCCCAAAGGUGAUGUAGAUGUGAACACAGAAGAAAAGAAAGAGGAGAAAAAGCAACAAGGAGAACUCUACAUGUGGGACACCAUAGAUCAGAGAUGGACUCGUCAUUACUGUGCUGUAGCCAAUGAAAAACUUUCAUUCAGUGAUGAUAUAGAGCAGAAUGCUGAUGAAGAGUCAUCCAAGGAAAUGCAACGCACAGAGCUGCACUGUGGUGAGAAAUGGUUCCAUGGAAAAAUGAAAGAAGGGAGAAACACCGCUGAGAGGUUGCUCCAGGAGUAUUGCGCUGAAAUGGGUGGCAAGGAUGGAACAUUCCUAGUGAGAGAGAGUGAAGCUUUCCCUAAGGACUACACACUUUCAUUCUGGAGAUCUGGUAGAGUCCAGCACUGCCGUAUCCGUUCUUCAACGGAUGGAGAUACUGUAAAGUAUUACUUGACAGACAACCUCACCUUUGAUAGCAUCUGCGAUCUAGUCCAGCAUUAUAAAGAAGCACACUUGCGCUGUGCAGAGUUUGAACUGCGGUUGACUGAUCCUGUGCCUAACCCCAAGCCUCAUGAAUCAGAGAAGUGGUACUACAGUAACCUGAGCCGAGGAGAAGCAGAAGAUAUGCUGAUGCGAAUUCCCAGGGAUGGAGCCUUUUUGAUAAGAAAGAGAGAGGAACCUGAUUCCUAUGCCAUGACUUUUAGAGCUGAAGGGAAAGUAAAGCACUGCCGCAUCAAGCAAGAAGGCCGCCUCUUUGUCUUGGGCACAUCAGCCUAUUUUGAGAGUUUAGUGGAACUGGUGAACUACUAUGAGAAACAUCCGUUGUACAGGAAAAUGAAGUUGCGCUACCCCGUGACCGAGGAGCUGCUGGACCGCUACAGCAUGGAGAAAGACCCUAGUUCAUUAUAUGAUGUAAAGAUGUAUGUGGAGCCGACUGAAAUAACACCGUCUGUGCCCCAGAGAACGGUUAAAGCCUUGUAUGACUACCAAGCUAAAAGAGAAGAUGAGCUGACUUUUUGCCGUGGGGCCUUAAUUCAUAAUGUCUCAAAGGAAACUGGUGGCUGGUGGAAAGGAGAUUAUGGAUGCAAAGUUCAGUACUAUUUUCCAUCUAAUUAUGUUGAAGAUAUGUCAACUGAUAGCAUGGAAGAGCUUGAGAAACAGAUAAUUGAAGAUAACCCUUUAGGAUCAUUAUGCCGGGGUAUUUUGGACCUCAAUAUGUAUAAUGUUGCAAAAAUGUCACAGGGAAAAUAUGGGAAAGAUUUUGUCUUCGUCCUGGAACCCAAGAAUAAUACUGAUCUGCCCAUUGAAUUCGCCACAGACAAAGUGGAAGAGCUGUUUGAGUGGUAUCAAAACAUCAGGGAGAUCACAUGGAGAACUGCUGAAGAGGCAAAUAUCAGAACAUACUGGGAAAAGAAGCAGUUAAUAGCCAUGGAAUUAUCUGAUUUGGUAAUCUACUGCAUACCCACAAGCAAAACCAAGGAUAAUCUAGAAAAUCCCAAUUUCAAAGAAAUCCGUUCCUUUGUGGAGACCAAGGCGGAAAGCAUAGUCAAGCAGAAGCCCACUGAUCUACUAAAAUACAAUCAGAAGGGACUGACGCGGAUAUAUCCAAAAGGGCAAAGGGUGGACUCCUCGAAUUAUGAUCCCUUCCGCUUUUGGUUUUGUGGCUCGCAGAUGGUGGCUCUUAAUUUCCAGACACCAGGUAAGAAUUUCUUUAUGGAAGUGCUGAGCCUUCCCCAUUCUUUCCCUCAUUUAAAUCAGUGCUCAGCUGCAGCUUGGUUGAACCUUUCCAGCUGUUUGUUUGUUUGGGACUGCUCUGUUGGCCUCCUUGAUCUCACCUGUGCAGACCUUGGUUUGACAUCAGUGGAUUACAGCAUGUUUAUAGUAGUUACACUUAAAUUACAAAUUCAUUUUGUUACAGAUGAUAAUGGCCUUAACCCAGUUUGGGCAUCUCAAGAGCAAGUGAAGUUUGAAAUUUAUGAUCCAAACCUAGCAUUUCUGCGCUUUGUUGUCUAUGAGGAGGACAUGUUUAGUGAUCCUAAUUUCUUAGCACAUGCCACAUUUCCUAUCAAAGGAAUCAAAUCAGGCUUUCGGGCAGUCCCUCUCAAAAACGGACAUAGCGAGGAUUUAGAGCUGGCUUCCCUCUUGGUUUAUUGUGAGAUGCAGCAAAUUCAGGAAAGUGAAGAAGAGCUCUAUUCAUCAUUUCGGCAGCUACGGCAGCGCCAAGCAGAACUGAACAAUCAGUUAUAUGACUCCCGACGGAACAUAAGGAGCCCCAACCGAGAUGCAUUAUUGCAAGAAUUCAGCGUGAAUGAGGGUCAGUUACGAGUAUAUCAAGAGACUUGCAACAAGAGAUUGAGAGAGAAAAGAGUCAGCAACAGCAAAUUCUACUCCUAGGGGAACAAUUUUUCUUUGACACGUUAUUCCUGGUGGAACUGCUUUCCCAAAUCAUCAGGGAGGAGAGGAUGUCUAUCAUGCACUUCAGCUGCCACUAACUGGCUUAUGUUGUCUUUGAAAUUACCUAAUAUAGUAGCAACAAAAGUUAAACCAUCAGAUAUACUAUGGACUAUCCAGGGUUGUUUCUACAAAAUAGAAGAAUGUCAGAUUUGAAGGAAAACAAACUUUUUCUUGUGUGUUUUAGAAAUCUUAAAAUUGUAAAAUCUUUAUUUGAUUUUAUCGGUCUAAAAUUUAUUUAUUUUUAAAUGUUAUGUGUACAUCGAAAAUACGUAUGUGGAAGUACAAAGUCCAACUUGCACAAAAUUUACAUGGGUUUGUACAAUUUUCAGACAGAUUAAAAUGACUAGCAUAAAUCAAAACAACUUUGUCAUUUAAAGGUUAUAAAGGAAGCUACUCUUUUAUAUGUGCCAGAUAGCUUUGUGCAAGAAAAAGAGACGCAUUGCAGAUGCCAAGUUUCUAGUAUUUCAUUGUAUUUCCAACUAUGCCUUUCAGUGCAUCAUGCAAAGAUGACGAGCAAUGUGUAAGGUUUGCCCUUCAAAACCCAUCUAUUUGUUAGCAAAUUCUAUUGGUAUUCACACUUCUAAGUUCAAAACUGACUUUAGAAAAAAAUCUUGUAUGGACAUUUUAAUUGUAUCAAAGAAUGCAAUGUACAGCCUUUGGGCAAGGAUGAUGGGUGUUGAGCCCAAAUUAUGUUGGCAAAUGCUUAUUUAGACCAGUAAAAUCCCACAGCUGGGCUAGACCCAUUCUUAAUCCAAGUUUUUAUGCAGGUGUGAGCAGAAAAGUGUACUGCCUCUGUUACAUGUUGUCCUAAUAGCUUGCAAACCCCUGAAGUCAGGUCAUGGUGCAUGCAGAACAAUCGUUUGUCUCCUAAGGGUGAAUUAUUCACUUCCGGACACAAUACUGCUUUAAGUGUGUGCAUUAUUUUAUUGGAAAAAAACAGAUAUUCUGUACAGUAAAUACAACUUGACAGGUAUGACAAAAAACAGUUUAGGUGUUCCUAAUUAUAAAAAGGGGGUUUGUUCCUAAAGUCAGCACCUAUCAAUCUGUAUCCAGCGGUAACCCCAUAACGUGUGUUGACAUUACAAAUGACCUGCACAUUUCUUAUCAUAGCAGCCUGCAAAUUAUCUGAGACAGAGUAGAGUGAUACAGAAGUAACUUUUUGAUUUAGUUUGAAGAAACCUAUACAACCUCUAAUCAAACAGUUGUAUGUAUAUUAUACAGUCUGUUUAAAGUAAAAAUAGCCUGCAGGCAGUGGGGUACAA